GGAUUCCCAGAUAUCACUCCGCUUUAUUUUCUCUCUUUUUCUGCUUAAAGAAUUUGCAGAAUUUAAGACCCCAAAUCCUUCUUGCUUCUCCUCAGAUCUUCAGUCUUUUCAGUUUCCAGAGGAAAUCUAGGAUCGGCAAACCGGAAAAUGGCCAGAGUAUUGUUGCUCAUUGCACUCUGCGUGCUCCCAGCUCUCGUCACUGCAACUCGUCCCAACAAGAACCCGUUUCUGGUUCAGGGUCGCGUCUACUGUGACACUUGCCGUGCUGGCUUUGAGACCCCCAAGACCACCUACAUGGCUGGGGCCAGGGUUAGAGUGGAAUGCAAGAACAGGCGAACAGGGGAACUUAUGUACACCAAGGAUGGUGAGACUGAUUCAACCGGCACAUACAAGGUUACGGUGAAUGAGGACCAUAAGGAUCAGGUUUGUGAUUGCAUGCUUGUGAGCAGCUCCCAGCCUGACUGUGCCAAAAUGUCCAUGGGUAGGGAACGUGCCCGUGUGAUCUUGACAAACUUCAAUGGCAUUGCCUCAAACAACCGUUAUGCCAAUGCAAUGGGCUUUGAGAAGGACGAGCCUGAAUCUGGCUGUGCUGAGGUCCUCAAGCUUUACCAGGACGCCGAGGAAGAUGUGUAGUGUCUAGUGUGUUGGCUCUAGUGUCUCCAAUGCACAUCAAUUAUAUUAGUAUUGCUUGGUGUUUGUUUGCUUUUAGUGCGUGAAUUGUUUUAUGGUUACUGCUUUGGAAGACAUAUAUGUACUCUGUUGAUGGAUUCUAUUUAUUAAAAAUAUAUGGUACUCGAUCAAUCUUUUUCCCUUGAAUAAAUUCUCUCUUCUAGA